ACACACACACAAAGACACACAAACACACAGCAGCAGCAGAUCCUGGAGCUGGCUGGGGAAGGAAGGAAGGAGGCAGGGCAAGGUCCAGGGAGCCUUUUCGUGGUGGAUCGGGCCCCUCUGCAUCUCCCCCUCCUUCCUCCUUGGGGGGCAAUAAAAGGGGGUACACAAGGCUGGCGGUCCCUCGGAAGCCCCACGCGGUGGAAGUGGUAGUCCAGGGAGGAUGUGAGCCAUUGGAGAUCCAUGGAAGAGGAGGAGGAGGAGGAGGAAGGCAGAUGGAGGGGGACCAGCCUCUCCCCGGACCCCCACGGCUGCUAUGGGGGGUCUCUGCGGUGGAGGAUGGCUGGAGCAACGCAGAGCUGUUUGAAAUGAUUGAGAAGAUGCAGGGAAGCAGGAUGGACGAACAGCGAUGCUCCUUCCCUCCGCCUCUCAAGACGGAAGAGGAUUACAUUCCCUAUCCCAGUGUCCAUGAGGUCCUGGGGCGUGAGGGUCCGUUCCCCCUCAUCCUUCUGCCCCAAUUUGGGGGCUACUGGAUCGAAGGCACCAACCACGAACUGACCAGCGUCCCCGAAACGGAGCGGCUCCAGUCACCUACCUUCAAGGCGAAGCUGGAGUGCAACCAUAUGGCCAGGAUCUACCGGAAGCACUUUUUGGGAAAGGAGCACUUCAAUUACUACUCCAUGGACACGGCGUUGGGACAUCUAGUUUUCUCCCUCAAGUACGACGUCAUUGGGGACCAAGAGCACCUUCGCCUCCUUUUGCGGACAAAAUGCCGGACGUACCACGACGUGAUCCCCAUCUCCUGCCUGACGGAGUUCCCAAAUGUGGUCCAGAUGGCAAAGCUGGUCUGCGAAGAUGUGAACGUGGACCGCUUUUACCCUGUCCUGUAUCCAAAGGCCUCCCGCCUCAUCGUGACUUUCGACGAACACGUCAUCAGCAACAACUUCAAGUUUGGGGUCAUCUACCAAAAGCUCGGCCAGACUUCGGAAGAGGAGCUCUUCAGCACAACGGAGGAGAGUCCAGCUUUUGUGGAGUUCCUCGAAUUCCUGGGCCAGAAAGUCCAGCUGCAGGACUUCAAGGGGUUUCGGGGCGGUCUGGAUGUGACCCAUGGCCAAACGGGGACUGAAUCUGUCUAUUUCAACUUUCGGAACAAAGAGAUCAUGUUCCACGUCUCCACCAAGUUGCCCUACACAGAAGGAGACACCCAGCAGCUCCAGCGCAAGCGGCACAUCGGCAACGACAUCGUGGCCAUCAUCUUCCAAGACGAGAACACGCCCUUCGUCCCCGACAUGAUCGCCUCCAACUUCUUGCAUGCCUACAUCGUGGUGCAAGCCGAGAACCCUUGCACCGACAACACGCUAUACAAGGUCUCUGUCACGGCCCGCGACGAUGUGCCUUUCUUCGGUCCCCCGUUGCCCAACCCGGCGGUUUUCCGAAAGGGCCCCGAGUUCCAGGAAUUCCUCUUGACCAAGCUGAUCAACGCCGAGUAUGCCUGCUACAAAGCGGAGAAGUUUGCCAAACUAGAAGAACGGACGCGGACGGCCCUCCUGGAGACCCUCUACGAGGAGCUGCACAUCAACAGCCAGUCCAUGAUGGGUCUCGGGGGCGACGAGGACAAGAUGGAGAACGGCGGCGGGGGCAGCGGGGGCUUCUUUGAGUCCUUCAAGCGCGUGAUCCGCAGCCGCAGCCAGUCAAUGGAUGCCAUGGGCCUGAGUGGCAAGCGCCAAAACACGGUCUCCACCAGCCACAGUGGCAGCUUCGGACACAAUAACCCGGACAUCGCCAAAGCGGCCGGCAUAUCAUUGCUUGUCCCUGGGAAAACGUCAAGUAGGUAUGGACGCCGAGGCAGCGCUAUAGGAAUAGGAACUAUAGAAGAGUCCCUGAUCGUCCCUGGGAAGAGCCCCACGCGCAAGAAAUCGGGGCCUUUCAGCUCGCGGCGAAGCAGCGCUAUUGGCAUCGAGAACAUCCAGGAGGUGCAAGAGAAAAGGGAAAGCCCAACCGGACCCGAAAAGACGCUGGAGAGCGGCCACAUUUCCCAGGAGCCAAAGUCGGAGAAUUCAUCCAACCAGAGCUCUCCGGAGAUGCCCACCACCAAGAACAGACCGGACCCUGCGGCCCCCAAACCGGACGUCCUUCGGGAUUGUUCGCGGUCCUCCUCCAGCGCCAGCAGUUUCGGAAGCGGCGCGGAGGAACACGAAGGCAGUCGCGACGACGACACUGGCAUGGAGAGCCAGUCUUCGUCCGGGACACCCCACAAGCGCGACUCCUUCGUCUAUAGCACUUGGCUGGACGACAGCCUCAGCACCACCAGUGGAGGAAGCUCCCCAGGUCUGUCCCGCUCUCCGCAGCCAGACCCCCGAAAGUCCACUGACCCUUCGUGUCCAGAAAUAAAAAUCCAGCUGGAGCAGACAGAACGGCCGCCUUCCCAAACGAGCUCCUAGCCUUCCCUUGCCCAGACUCCGUGGAUGUGCCACCCCUUUCCACAAGCACACGGCGAAGAAGCACAAGCGGAGGGAAAUGUGGAAGUCCGCCACCAUCGCCACGGCGCAGGACGACACUCCGGCCGGCAAAACCCGCUGGCCCAAGCCCCCGUCCUAAGUGGCCAUCUCUUCCUCCUCCCCAGUCUGCCCCAAACACAUUCCCAGUGACUCCCAGUUUGACAGAAAAGCAUGCUGGGAAUGGAAUUGUUUCCUCUGGACGCUGACUGGACCAGACUUGACCUGGGGUCUUUGGCAUGGUUGCCCCCAACCCGACCUUGUGUCUCUUUCCAUGAGCUGCGCUCAAGAACCCUCCCUGACCUCCCAGUUUGGCCACCCUAAACCAGACACCGCACUCCAGUGGAUCCCAGUCCAGACUCGAUCCAGAUGGAGAAGAAGCCACCCUUUGAAUCAAAACGUGGACAAUCAGAGAAAGCAAUCCAUGGCGGAGAUCCCGGUGUGGCCUGUUUCAAGAUGGAGGCAGAGAGUACGGUGUCCCAGCCUUCGCCGUCUUCCCAAGAAUGAUGUUGGGCGCGCGGUGGUCCUUUUCUCAUUUGUUCCUCUUCUGGAGCCAUCUUGGGGAAGAGGUGCCCCAGAAACCGGAGUCUGGAGCUGAGCCAUAUUGACCAUUUUGAGGGCAUAAGAAACAGCCCCAGAAUUGAGAAUCCAUGGCACCAAUUCACCCAAAUGCAAGAACUUUCCCCUAAAUCCCACCUUGGAUGCCAGCCAGCUGUUUCUAAAGCAGCGAGACCGCCAUACUUUUUCCAUUUGUCCUUCUGUCCACUCUUGACCAACGGAGGCAAGAGUCCAGCAAAGCCAUCCAGACCACCUGCCUUCAGCCACAGGGACCCUGAGACCCCUUUCUGAGCCUUUCUGCUGCAUCCCGCUCCUUGAACUUUUUUAUUUCCCAGUGGUCCAGCGCCUGCUGCUUGGGAUGACAGACCGAGGCCGAAGCUGGCCCUAAAAGACACCAUUGAUACCCCGUUUCCUAAAAGUACCCCAAAGCGGUGAGGGUCCGGGGCAGGCUGUGCCCCCCAGUUCUCCUCCUUGAUGUUUAUCCCAAAGAACAACCGACAAUCGCUGGAGACGUGUGUUUUCGUUAAUUCCCUUGUCGUCCGAUUUUCCCGCGGGGAUGACAACUGGCGCGGAAACCUAUCCUUUUUCUGCAUGCUGCGUCUUGUCCCUCGAGCAAAACUGGAGAGAGAUGGCGGCCGCCGCCAACGGACGCCAAAAGAAGGAAGAAGUCGUCCGAUUGUCACGCGGAAGAGCCCCCUCUCUGCCAGACGCCGCGGCUUUGCUUUGCGCUGCUGAUGCGAAUCCCCCUCCAUGCAAAGACUGGUGCCCAUCCAUGUUGUACGGGGGGAGGGGGGGUUAAGGGACUAGUACCUACUACAACCACACAACGGUUUUGCAACACAUUGUAAAGUGUCCCCUUUCUGUUGUGAAUAGAGUGGUCAGGGCUGCCAUUUGGGUGUCAAAAUCCCCCCCAAAAAAUAUCCGUAUUUAAUUUCUGAACUGCCUUCUUUAGGUGUGAGUAAGAGAAGAGGAAGGAAUAAUAGUAACGUAUGUGAAUGUUUGGACCUAUUUUAUGUCCGUGUCGUGUGUCAUCCAUCCAUCCUUGCCUUUGGUUUUGUUAUCUUUUGGGUUGUUAUCUUGUUAAAGAUGCACAAAAUCCACGAACGUUUAAAUUAAUGUUCAGGUAUUAAGAUCUUUUUAUUCCUUCCUCCGUUUUCUCCUUUUUCCCUUUCUUUCUCUUUUUUCUUUUGCUAACAUUUCGGUUCUUGGCGUUUUUACAAGAUGCACGAAAUACAUCCACUUUUAAACGAAUCUCCAGACUUUAAGCUCUUCCUCCUUUUCAUCCUCCUCUUCUUUAUUUUCUCCUUCCUUUCCUUUUUUUCCUCGCUUUUUCUCCAUUUCUAUUUUUAAAGGUCCCAAAAUUGUGCCGACGACGUUUUUUUUCCCGGCGAACCGAUGUACAAAAGCAAAAACGAAAUCUAUUUAUCUCUUCUUCUAAGAAAGGUUCUAUUUGUAAAAAAAAUGCUUUUUAAUUAAUAAUAAUAAUAAUGACCAGCUAGGAAAUAAUGAUAAUGAUAAUGAUAAUAAAAAACAAGGAGGAACCUGUGAGGUUGUGUCUACGUAAAUCUUGCAAGUUGUGUAUAUGAAGAAGUCGUCUUCAGCAAAAUGAAGCGGAUCCUCCAACAUUUUGCGGCCGAAGAAGAUGGUCAGGAUAAUACUAAUAGUAAUAUA